AAUUUUUAAAACUUAGUAAAUUCUUAGAAGUACAGAUAAUGCAACCUCUUUGUCAGUUAUGUUCUGAUAUUUUAUCAAUUUUUCUGAAAUUAAAAUUUGUAGAUAAUGCAACCUUGUCAAUUUUAUGUUCUUAUAUUUCUUUUAUUUUCGAAAGUUUUUUUUAAGUUAAUAUUCUAGGAAUUGUUAAAAUUAAAAAGGAAUUCAAUGUAAAGAAAUAGGAAAAGCUAUUCUAAUUCAUAUCAUACAAGUAUUUCGUAUGAAUGCAAGUAGACAAUAUUAAACAUUUCAAAAUUACAAAAUACAUUAUUAAUUUCCUUAAAAUUGCUUUCGCAUUUGCAUUUACAUUCAUUUAGUAACAAUAAGCAAAAAUAUCUCAAAUGCAUUAUAAGAUAUAUAACGCUUGCUACUCUCAUGCUUACAUUCUCUUCUUUUCUCCUUCAUAUCGCAUUUAUACAUUCAUUCACUUCACACUUUCGUUCGUUUGCCCAUACACACUUACCUCAUAAUAAACACACUUAAACAAUAAGAGAAAAGAAGAAUUACAAAUGAACGCAAUGAAACCGCGCAAAGAAAAGCGGCUAAAAAUAGUAGCAGGAAGGACGGGAAAAGGAAAAAGGAGGGGUCAGCGGUCCCACGAUUCGUCGCUGAUAUAAAUCGCUACGGGGUGAUUCGUAUGAUGGACCAAAAUGGACGCAAUUGGAUGAGGGAGGACUCGUGGAUGGACACAUCGGCGAUGGCGUAGACACUCGUCCAGUGAAGUGACAAGUUCCUCUCGCCAUCGCCCUCGCCUUCGUGCGAGUAACACGUGGCGAGAAUGUCGUCCCGCGACCCGGACAACCUGAUGACCACGAGCGACGACGAGAGCUUCGACUACCUGUUCAAGAUCGUGCUGAUCGGCGACUGCGGUACGGGCAAGACCUGCGUGGUGCAGCGCUUCAGGUCCGGCACGUUUGUCGAGCGCCACGGCAACACCAUCGGCGUCGACUUCACCAUGAAGACCGUGCUCAUUGACGGCAAGAAGGUCAAGUUACAAAUAUGGGAUACCGCGGGGCAGGAAAGAUUUCGAACAAUAACUCAGAGUUACUAUAGAUCUGCAAAUGGAGUAAUUGUAGUUUACGAUAUUACAAAGCGAUCGACAUUCUUAAGUUUACAACGUUGGGUGGAAGAAGUCCGACGGUAUACGUCGUCGCACGUGCUACUAGUAUUAGUUGGUAACAAAUGUGACUUGGAAGAUCUGCGCGAGGUGAAAAAAACAGAGGCUGAAGCUUUAUGUCAAUAUCUGCCUGAAGUUUUGCACAUAGUGGAGACCUCAGCCAAAGAUAACACAAAUAUAGACUCCGUCUUUUUCUAUCUGGCAUCGGAACUUAAGAGACGACAUGAUAAUCGCCAGAUUAGCGCGAGCGAGGACGAAGUAGUGAAGCUCGGUGUCGGUCGAGAUCUAUCUUCUUGUUCGGGCUGCUCAUUUAAGAUAUUUUAAGUCGUUUGAUAUUUCUUUCGGUGCGGUAUUUCCGGACGAUCGAGAUAUUUUUAUAUAACAAUCAAAGUGUCCAGUGAUAAGAUAAAAGACAGUCGAGAAAUGGGUAAUAUCACGAUAAUUCCUGUGGCAUCGUUUCAAUGACAAUUGAAACGUUAAAAAUUAUUGAAUGCGAAGAUUAUGUAAAAUAUGUGUAAUAUAUAAAUUUUAUAAUUUUUUAAAAUUCUACUGCCUUUUAUCUUAUUGCAAUAUAAAUUAACAUCUAACAAAAAUGGAACACGCUCGAUUAGUGGGAUCCUAUCAGUACAGCAGAAAGAUAUUUAGGUGCCAAAUUAAAAAUGUUAUCUUUUUAUCCGCGCAGAACGGAGACAACAUAUUCUAAUCCCAAGGAAAGAUGAAUCUCGCGAUAAAGAUCUAAUCUUUAGAAUUAAGGCGGCUCUCACAUUUCUGUUUCGAUAGUUUGCUGCUCCGGGAAGAGGCACAUAUGUAUAUUUUUAUAUGCGAUUUAACGGAAGCGUACAAAUAUACACUUGCGCAUGCAUACACGCGUGAUACUCCACGAAUACCGCGAGACCUGAAGAGAUCUUAGAGUAUUCUAGUGCCUUAAAAGUAACGUUACACACGUUUUCAUAUACUAAACGCGCACAAUGACAUUUCGCGAAGUGUACUCGAGAAGCUUAUAGGGGAUUUUAAAUGUGAGUGGUAACUUAAUGUUUUUUUUUUAAUUUAUUUUAUUUAUUUGCACGUAUGUUGUUACGGCGGAAUUGAGAUUUGGCCUCUCGAUCGCCGAGCACCCAUCCAAAAGCUGUAAAUACUAAUCCACAAUGUCACAUUCUCAGUGCGCAUUUUGCGCAAAAAGCGAUCAUCUGACUUAGUCUAUCUUCAUUAAGAUUUGAUACUUUGCAGUCCAUAGUGUCAUCAUAUAAAAAUAUGAAUCCAAAGCAAAACAAAAUAUUUUUAACUUUAAUAGCUUUUAUAUCGGGACGGCAAAAAUUUACGAUUUAACUUAUCAUAUCGUAUAAUUCGCUUCAGUCAGAUAGAUGAAACAGUGUAACAAACGAGAAUUACAAUGUAUUAUAAAGAACAUGAUUUAGAUCACCGCAUUCAGCGUUAAAGGCGCAAUGGGAAUGGGCAGAUAUGUAGAAUGCGUUUCGUUUAAGUAAGCGCUAUUGUUAUUUGUAAACAAAACAAGGUAUAACGAAUCUCUAUUACUGCUUAUAUAAAAAUCGUUGUAAUAUAUUUUUUUGAUUAUGUUUGCACGUAAGUGUAUAUUAUUCUCGAAAUGCUCGUUGCGAAUGAGAAUUAUAUAUUUUUGAUAUGAGCGAUACAUUAAAACUCUUGCACAUAGAUUCAAUUAAAAUGUUUUCGCGAAUUAGGAUAGAUCUAUAAAUGUAUCUUGGUGCAUUUUUCGAAGAAAAUGUAUAUCAGAUACGAAAAAAGUAUACAUAUCGAUUUCAAAAAUUCAUAUCGUGUGCAAAAAAAAGAUAAAAUUAUGUAUAAAAUUAAAUUGUAUCUUAAGUUGCAAUUAUGCGCCGAAAUAAUACAUAAGGUAAUACUGCCUCACGAGAUUAAUCAAAUGUUUCAAAAUUAUGUAUAAGUAUUUGAAAGAUUAUUGAAAUUGUUAAAUAAAUUUUAUAUUUGUAUCUUACUCUGAAAAUAUAUACGUGUUAUACAAA